GGAAAGUGGAAGAGAAUAUAAUAGAGCUCUGGCUUGUGCAUGAGCAGCCUCGCUAUCUUGUUUCUCAGAUUGAUCAGACAGCUCCUCACCAUGGUUUCAAAGGUUGCCAUUAUCUACUACUCGAUGUACGGACAUGUUGGCCAGUUGGCUCGCGCCAUCAAAAAGGGUGUUGAAUCAGUGGGUUUGAAAGGCGACUUGUAUCAAAUCCCAGAAACUUUGCCAAAGGAUGUAUUGGAGAAAAUGCACGCACCUGGUCAGGAUCCAAACGUCCCGCUGGCGACCAUGGAGACCUUAGAACAAUAUGAAGCUUUCCUGUUCGGUAUGCCCACUCGAUACGGCAACCAAUCUGCCCAAGUGCGCGCUUUCUGGGAUCGGACUGGCCAACUUUGGGUGAAGGGCAGUCUUCAUCAAAAGCUUGCCGGAGUCUUUUUUUCGACUGCCAGUAUGGGCGGCGGACAAGAAAUGACGGCCGCUAAUUUCAUAUCCACACUUGCUCACCACGGUAUGGUUUACGUUCCACUCGGGUAUUUCAACACUUUUUCGCAGUUCACUGGCUUGACGGAGGUACGAGGUGGAAGUGCCUGGGGUUCUGGAACGCUUGCGGGAGGUGAUGGAAGUCGACAGCCGUCGAAACUUGAGCUAGAGGUUGCGGAAAUUCAAGGGAAAACGUUUGCCGAGUUGGCCAAACGUGUCCAGUCCAAACCCGAGGAUAAAUAGGGUCCCCUCGUGUGUAUGACCACUGUUUUAGACAAAAUUCAUCGUUUUCGUUGAACAAUUUAAGUUGGCGCCAUUUUAAUUAUUCCGCAUAUUCAUACGCCGAUAGUGGCUUUCGUGCUGUCAAGCCCACGUUGCGCACAGUUCUUUUUGAAAGUGUA